UAUAGAAGUCCGUUGCUCUGUUGGAGCGGAAGAUAAACCCUCUUGUUUCACUUCGGGGUUGCUCUCUGGAGAGGAAGAGAGAGAAGGUUUAGAGAGAGAGGAAACAUGGUGCAGCGGCUCACCUAUCGCACGCGCCAUAGCUACGCGACCAAAUCGAACCAGACCAGGGUCGUCAAAACCCCAGGUGGAAAGCUCGUGUAUCAGACUGCUAAAAAGAGGGCAAGUGGGCCAAAAUGCCCAGUCACAGGCAAAAGAAUCCAAGGGAUUCCUCAUCUGAGACCUACUGAAUAUAAGAGGACUAGGCUGUCAAGGAACCGGAGGACUGUGAAUCGUGCUUAUGGGGGGGUUUUGUCUGGUGGUGCUGUUCGUGAAAGGAUCAUUCGGGCCUUUUUGGUGGAGGAGCAAAAGAUUGUCAAGAAGGUUUUGAAAAUCCAGAAGGCCAAAGAAAAGCAGGCUGCCAAGAGUUAAGUACGAAAAGCUUCCGUGUGCUCUGUACGCGAAACAAAUUUUGGAUUACAGUUAAAUGAAGCUCAUGAUAAAAGACUGUAUCGGCUGUGUACUUGGCGACAAUUCCUCUUUUCAAUCUUGUUGGUUUCUUAUUAUUUGUUCCAUCCUGUCCCUUUUCUGGUGUUUCUCCAGCAAUAUCAGUUAGUGAUUUCUUUGUGAAAGGAACUGUAAGGUUUAAGUUUUCAGUAGUUUCCUAUUUGCAUGUCUGUUUGGCUCUCUCAUUUCCUUUUAAUACUAUCAGAAAUUUUCUUGUAAUGCUGUCUGGAAUUUUUGUAGUGUUGCUUUUCUAUCCUGUUAUAAUUUAUUUGAGGGCUUUCAUUACUUCCCAA